AUUGAGAACGUCAGAUAGGCAGAGCUCAGUAAAACUCAAAGUUUCGUUCAUCAGUGUUCUCUGCUGGAGCUUCACUAUAACUAUAUUUAUAGUGACUGUGAUAAACUGAGAACUUCAGAUAGGUAGAGCACAAGUAAAACUCAUAGAGUAUCGUUCCUUCUUUUUGUGGUACAUCUCUGCGAAGGAAUAUAUAAACAUGGCAAGCUUCUCUUGUUCCAAGGAAUCUUUCCAAGACUAUUUGGUUACCUAUGAUGAAUUGUUUGAUUUGUGUGAUCUGGACAACAGGAAGAGGCUAGGAAGCGGAGUGUCUGCUACAGCAUAUAAAGUGAUUUUCAACGGUAAAUACGCUUGUCUCAAACUUGGAAAAUGUUUGGAGGAUCAAGAGGCAUUUGAUGAUGAAGCUGCUAAAUUAGCCGAGCUGCAGGGAGCUGGUGGAGCUCCACUAUUGUACUGUGUAUGCCACAACUUCCCUGCUAUUGUUAUAUCCUUCAGAGGCGGUACUACCUUGUAUAAUUAUUUCAAGAAUAACUACGACUUAAAGCUACAAACUUUGUUGUUGAUAUUCCUUCAGGUGGCACUUAAUCUGGAGGAGAUUCACCAAUGUGGAUUUACCCACAAUGAUUUAAAGGCAGACAAUGUCCUCAUUCAUGAAGCAGAGGACGCCCUCGAAGUUAAUGUAAUUGAUUUUGGGCACAGUACAAAAGUGGGAGAGCAUAUGGGCUGGGAUUUUACCCCUGAAGAGCAUGAAGAUUACCCACACUAUGCUCCUGAGGUAUUUCUUUGUGGUCCAUGCACCCCUGAAGGUGAUGUGUAUUCCCUAGGACACAUGAUGUUUGAACUUUUGGGCUCUUACUUUACACAGAGGAAAAUUCCUGGCCCCUUGCAUCUAAUUAAAUUGAUAGAUUUUAUGAUGAACCCAGAAAGAUCUAGACGGCCAUCCAUCCUUCAAGUGAUUCAAAUACUUGAGGAAACAGUAAAACAGCUGCUGACCAAUGCCACCCCACAGGCCGACGCCCAGUCAGAAGCCGAUGUCCCAUCAGAGGAUGAUGUCCCAUCUGGGGCUAGUGCCCCUCCAGAAGCCGAUGCACCAUCAGAAGCCGACGACCCAUCAGAGAAUGAUGCACUGCCACGGACCUACACCAUGCCACAGCAUGACUUGCCAUCAGUGACUGACGCCUUAUCAGAGACUGACGCCCCAUCAAUGGUCGAUGCUCCACCAGUGGCCAACUCCCCAUCAGACACUGACGUCCCACCACGGGGUGAUACAUUAGCUGCGGGAUAUUCUAUAAAAAAUAUGACAAAAGGUCUAGCCCUACACUAUGUCUUGUACAUGGCACUCUCUUGUAUGUAUGGUAAUAAUUAUUACCCAACAUAUAACGCUGUAGAGUGAAGUCCUGGUAGUGUAGUCGUCUCUGUAUAUUCUUCUCUACUCACUCACAUUAUUAAUGUAAUUUAAAUACAAUGAAAUUAUUUUGUUUUCAUUAAUAAAAGCGAAUCUUAUUUAAAAAAUAAAUUUGUUUUAUUUGAAAGAAUAUUUUG